AUGGCUGAAACUAGUCAUUUCGACGAUAUAAUCAAAUCGCAUAGUUCGAUUCGUCAACUUGCUCAAGAGAGUAUCCAUGAAUUUAUAUGCGUUCGUCAACAACUCUUGCACGAAUUGAAUGAGAUCGAUUAUAUACAGGCUAUCGAUGAAAGAUUCAAAUCAUUGAUCAAUACAACGACCAUUCAAUCAUUAAAUAAACAAAUGGAAACUGAUCGAAUUCAACUGGCUAUAUGUGGAGAAAACUCAAGUGGGAAAACAACAUUCAUUCACAUGUUUCUACAAAUCGGUAAAGUCAUGCCAACUAAUGCUGGUCCAGUGAGUGCACGUAUUGUUAAAUUUACUUAUGCACCAUUCGAUCAAGCAUGUAUUCGUGUAUAUGAAAGUCUAGAAGAUCGAACGUGUCUAGAUUAUCAUGAUCUUUCUGAUUUCUUCCGUAUGGAAAAAGUUAAUUGGUCAGGCAUCGAAUCUAUUCUCAGACCGCAUCUUGCUCGUCCAAUAUCGGCUACAUUAUCUCCGGAUGAAUUUGAACGAUCGAAAGAAUUUGUUGAAUGGGCACGAAAGUUUGUCGAAAUUCAACUCCCAUCACCGACACUCAAAGUUGGCAUCGACGUUUAUGAUACACCAGGUUUUCUUUUUCACGAUGCACCUAUUCUGAAAGAGAAUGUUCACAAUUUAGUCAAACUUACUCAGCCCACUAUUGUUUACAUGUAUUCGAAUCCGAUGGUUACUGAUGAAACCAUAAAUGGUUUUCUCGCUCUAAAAUCUGCAUUGGUCAGUCUUGAUAAUACGAGUAUGUUUUUUCUCAAUUCUCAGGUUGAUAUCGAUAGAUAUCCUGAUAUUUCGGAUGAAACAACUGAGGAUGAGUUUCGACCAAUGCUCGUUAAUGAACGACGAAAAAGAUACGAAAUGCUCGUGAGUGCACCUACAAUAGCCAAUGAUAUUUUAGGUGGCCUACCACCAACAGUGGAUCAAUGUUCUUAUUUUGACCUGUGUUCAGCAACUUCGCAUGAUGAUCCAUUGGGCCGAUUAAUGAAUGAUGCUUGCAUUAAAAGCAUUGUUCGAUUUGCUGCUAACAGUAGUUUGUCUAUUUGUAAUCGUAUUUUUCAUCUUAUAAUGCGCGAAAUCGAUACAUUUUUCAGUCUUCGUCGUUCACUUAGCGAUUACACUACACAUCAAUUGGAGAAUAAGCGUGAUAAUGCUCUUAAAUGGUUGAAUGAAUUUGAACGUGAACAUCAAAAACGUUUUGGCGAAUUUCUUGACCAAGUGUUUACGAAAAUCGAUGCUCGUUUGAAAUUUGUUGCCGACAUUUUGAUUCGUCGUGCAGUUUCUAUACAAUGCGGGAACAAUAUAAAAGAUAUAGAAACAUAUUUAAACGUGGCUAUUCAACAAGAAGUAAUCAAACAAUCAGUUAAUGAAGUUUUACAAUCAAUAUAUGAGAAAAUUAUUCUUGCACCGUUAACCGAAGGCGAUUAUUUAGUUGGAAAUUCAAAUGAAAUUCUAUGUGAAGCACUAUGUUAUGAAGAAGAUUUUCGUUCAUCAUCAAAUGAUGGAUUUUCGUCGAGUAUUUGUCAAAACUUUGCUGUAAAAAUGUUACGUUCACCUGCAUUGCUUGUUGUUCAUGUUCUUGAUGAAGAAUCCGAUAAUGAUAGAGAAGGCAUUAGUGGAAGUGUGCGUUCACUUAUUGCUCAUAGGACAGCUAAUCGUCAUCAACGUCAAAAAACUCGCCAACAAUCGACCUCAACAGUUGAACCAAUCAUUGCGGCUGAAAAUUAUCUCAACGAAAUUCAAGAACAAAUCAAUGAUCGAAAAAAAUUUCUGAAGGAAACUAUUCAAGCAUGGCUCGAACAAUAUAUGAACAAGCUUCGGUAUAAUAUCGAUUUACAACAUCAAACAACUGAUAGUUUAAUAGUAUUUCGUGAACAAGCAUUCCAUGUCAUUAAGAAGUAA